AUGGAACCGGAAACAUUGAACAAGUUGAUGCAAAAAAAUAAAAUCAGCUAUGAGUUGAUAAACCCAGAUUACGACGAGUGGCUGAACACAGGAGCGCUGGACGUGGAGUCAGUGGAGCUGCUGAAGCUGUACGCAAGCCUGAACACACUGGAGAAGGUGGAAAUGAUAAGGAAAAAUGAACUCAUAUCGAAGAUAUUCCUCAACGCAACUUACGCAACAGGGCCAGGACUGCUGAGAAGUUACUCGCUACAGCACCUGUCGGACAUAUGCAGAGUGGACAACGGAAUAUACAACAUACUGCUGAAGAUACUGGACGGAAGAGACGUGUACUCAAUCUACUACGACAUAGCGACGCACGAAAAGGAUAAAAAAAUAGUAGAAAAAACAUUAUAUCUGUUAACAGGUAAGAAGACUAGUAUUUGUAUUGAGAAAGGCAGUAACAGCAGCCUCUGCAGUGACAAUGACCGUAACUGGAGUAGAUACCGACAGCGACUGCCAAAGCAGGGUUUUAUCGCAUACGGAAACGGCUGCUUCAAGGACGAGGAGGCGGAAAGCGUGGUUAAGCUGAUUCUUAAACUGUCAAUAGACAACUACUCGAAGCUGUAUUCACUCUCAAACAUACUGCAACUAAAAACACUAACCCAUCCCAAUUCAGAAAAAUACCACAAUCUGAUUGAAAAUGAGAACGUUCUGAGGCUGCUUAAAAUUAACCUUGGCAAGGAAAACGCGCCUAACACGCAGUACAAGUGCGUUUUCUGCGUGUGGCUGAUAUCGAGGAGCGAGGAGUACAUCCCGGUUCUACACCGAAACGAGCUUGUCCACCUGCUCUGUACACUACUGUCCUCAACCAAAAUUGAAAAGGUCAUAAGAAUAUGCAUAUUGGUUUUUAAUAAUCUGUUAAAAAAUCCACAAUGUCUGGAGGUGAUGGUAGAAAUGAACGUAAUACAGACCUUGACGCUGCUGGCAUACGACAAAUGGAACGACAGCGAACUGUACGACAACAUACACAAGUUGCACAUGCAGCUUGAAAACAAGACGUUUAAGCUGAGCAACUUUGAAAGAUAUUGCUCCGAAUUGAAUUCUGGACAACUCAAGUGGUCAAUUUUACACUCAGAAAAAUUUUGGCUCCUUCACAACGAGAAGUUUGAACACGAUGAAUUUAUAAACAUAUCCAAACUUGUCGACCUGUUGGACUCUAACGACUCAACCACAGUAUCCAUCGCAUGCUUUGACCUAGGCGAAUUCGCUAGACUAUAUAGAAACGGGAAAAAAAUUUGCAAGAAAUUCAAAGUCAAAGACAAGGUCAUGGAUUUGAUUACGAACAAGGACCGCGAUAUUGCCAGACAGGCCAUGCUGUGCGCGCAGAAGUUGAUGGUACAGCACUGGCAGCAGGUUGCGACCCAGUGA